AUGGCUCAAAUCCAGCGUGGCCCCAACGGCAUCGAAGACAAUCUAAUGCUGGCACAAAUUGUCUAUCAGUUCGGGAUAUCAGACUGGCAGCGUGUAUCCGCUACUCUAACAGAGCGAAGUAAUGAACGCGGCAAGCCCGUGAUGUGGAAUGCAAUGGAGUGUCAAGGAAUAUGGGAGCGAAUGCUUACGGGACUGGCACCCGUUACCCACAUAGACGCUACAAGGCGAGAUCGUUUCAUGCUACCCUUUGCUCCGGAAAACCUAGCUAUUGCGAAAGCCCUUUUUCAUUGGCGUUAUAAAGAGAUCAAUCAACACAUACUGCUCAAGGAAAUGGGUUGGCAUGCUCUGAAGAAGGAAAUUGAAGCGAUCCGAAGCGGGGCGUGGGACGACAGGAUACGCCAACAGAAAGCUGCGCAACAAGCCGCCGCAGCUGCUGAGCAGGCAACGCCUGCUGCUCCUCCCGCUGAGCCGGUACCCCCAAUUCCUUCUUCAUCUUCCUCCCAACUUUCCUCUAUCGAUUCGCCUGUGGUUUCAAAAACAACACCCGUUGUUGAGAAGCCAAAGGACGAAGGUUUAGCAGAGAAAGCGAGCACGGAGAUGGAACUGGACGAGGCAGAUGUGACUAUCAAACCUUCAGAGAAAGAGGAAGAAGAAGAGUCCACCGAAAAGAUGGAUGUUGAUAAACGAGAGCAGACUACACCUCUGACACCAGAGCCACUAGAAGAAACCAAAGCAUCGAGGGCCUCACCCAAAUCUACAAAAGAAGAGGCCGAAGAAGACAGAGACGAGGAUGCAGAAGGAUCAAAGGACGAGGAAGAAGAGGAACAGGACGCACCGCCCGCUCAUGGUCUGAGAAGUCAUAAAGGGCCCGCACUCGAAAUCGAAAUUCCGGGGGGACCUUCAGCGUCGAAAGAGUCUCCGAGAGCAACUAGGAAAGUCAAAAGCAGGAAGUCGUCGGAAUCCGCUACCCAGACAUCAACAAGGGGAGGUCGACGACGCGGAGGAGGUACUGCGGACAGUUCAAAACCACCUCCUUCACCAACGACUGCGUCGGUAGCUGGAACUUAUGAAAGUGUCGCGACGCCAGCUGCCACGGAUGAUGCUACCUCUGUAGUGGAGGAUGGUUCUCGAAGGAGGAGCACACGAGGACACAAGCGAAAGGCGUCGGAGAUGGAGGUCGAUCAACCUCAAGUAUCCAAACGGAUACGAGAUCGGUCCAUGACAAUCGAAGACGAACUGUCCACACCAGCCGUCCAGCCCCCUGCUUCGCGAUCUACAGCAGCUAGCACCGCUACCGCAGCGCCACACCCACGACUAAGACAAUCCAUGACGCAAAUACUCACACUUCUUAGUCAGAAUAAGCACGCUGACAUUUUCCGACGGCCUGUUACCGUCAAGGAGGCGCCAGAGUAUGCAAAGGCAGUACGCAAACCAAUUGAUCUCGCGACGAUUCAGCGUGCAGUAAAGGCUGGUCAGUAUCGUUCGUGGGAUGAAUUAGAAAGGGACUUGAGACGGAUGUUGGCGAAUUGCUUUGUGUUUAAUAAACCAGGCACGGAGGCACAUGAGAGUGCAAAAUUGAUACUCGUAGAGGUAGAACAAGUUUUGCAGACGGCACGAGAGUAG